GCGCGCGCAUCUCCGCCAUCCUACCUUUAGUAAAGUGUUCUGCCUCUAUUCGUAUACAAUACUUAUAGAAAUGAACCAAAAUUGUUCGAAGUGACUGACUGCCAACACCAAAUUUAAGAAACCCAGUAAUAGGCGAAGCAGAUCGGAAAGUAAAAAGAUAUGUCGCCGCUGCUGGGAGCAAUAUUACGAUGGCGCCGCGAAGCGGUGGAGGCAGCCUUGACAGAAGAAGGCGGCGGGGGCAGCACCGAGAUCCCGCAGGAAGCGCAGUCGUCACAGUCAUCGACGGCAACACCCUCUCAAGAGACCAUAGUGGAGGUGACAGCGGACUUGGCCCAUAAAAUGAACAUGGAAACUUGGCAACUAGUUGCCAUUCUUGUUGGAGUGGGAGUAGUGGUGCUAGGAGUGUGCUUCUGCUGCAUCAGACGAUGUUUCCGAAAGCGGCGCUCCAAGGAUGGCAAGAAAGGAAUGAAGGGAGUCGACCUGAAAUCCGUCCAACUCCUAGGAUCAGCAUACAAAGAAAAGGUUCAGCCGGACAUGGAAGAGCUGACGGAGAAUGCAGAAGAACCAGAUGACGGUGAUUCUAAGAAAGAAGAGCAGAAAUUAGGCAAACUACAGUAUAAGCUGGAAUACGAUUUUAAUAGCAACAGUCUGUCAGUAACUGUAAUUCAAGCGGAGGAUCUGCCCGCCUUGGACAUGGGUGGCACAUCUGAUCCUUACGUGAAAGUUUACCUACUACCAGAUAAGAAAAAGAAAUUCGAGACUAAAGUUCAUCGGAAAACGUUGAGUCCAAUCUUUAAUGAGACUUUCGUUUUCAAGAACGUACCAUAUGCUGAUGCGAUGAACAAAACGCUUGUGUUCGCGAUCUUCGACUUCGAUCGGUUCUCCAAACACGACCAAAUAGGCGAGGUGAAGGUACCGCUCUGUCAGGUGGACUUGGCGCAGACUAUCGAGGAAUGGCGUGAACUACAGAGUGUUGAAGGAGAAGGGGGGCAGGACAACAAGUUGGGAGACAUAUGUUUCUCACUACGUUAUGUACCAACGGCAGGAAAACUCACAGUUGUCAUUUUGGAAGCAAAGAAUUUGAAGAAAAUGGACGUUGGUGGCCUAUCAGAUCCGUACGUAAAGAUAGCACUCAUGCAAAAUGGUAAACGCCUCAAGAAGAAGAAAACGAGCAUCAAGAAAUGCACACUGAAUCCCUAUUACAACGAGUCAUUUACUUUUGAAGUACCAUUCGAACAAAUACAGAAAGUAAAUCUAGUGGUAACGGUGGUGGACUACGAUCGCAUUGGUACAUCGGAGCCGAUCGGUAAGGUGGUACUGGGCUACAACGCGUCAGGCACUGAGCUGCGUCACUGGUCUGACAUGCUUGCCAGCCCCCGGCGCCCGAUCGCGCAAUGGCACACUCUCAAAGACCCCGAUGAUGGAGAAAAGAAGGAUUAAAUAUAAAAUUGAGGAUAUCACUUCAAGUGCGAGUGAGAAGAAUACGCGAAUUAUUUUACUGGGAAUAUUUAAGUUUAAUAUUUAUCUAACUGAAUUGUAUGUAAGUUUUCUGCUACAUUGAGAAACAAGUUUAAACCUUAUUUCCCACAAAAUAUGCUUUCAGUGUUAAUUUAUUGUUACAAUGUAACAUACCAAUCUAAAAGUACAUAAUUUUAUCAAAUCUAACUACCUUACCAUUAUUUGUGAUAACUUAUGUAAUCAAUUGUUAUCUAUGUAAAUGUGGUAACCAUCAUUUUAAGAAUCAGUAAGUAAAAAAAAAUGUAUUUGAUGUUCUAAUUUUCAUUGUUUUAAAUCUUCCGAGUAUUAAAUAAUAUUUAAACGUGAUUUUUCUUUACAAUUAAAUCAUUUAACGAAAUAAUACUCGUAUCUUGAUAGUGAAGGAAAUUUUGAAAUAAAUCCUUUCGAUGUAUAGGGUAUUAUCAAGUGUUACUGUAUUACUACUCUUACAAAAACAUUAAGUUAUUGCAUUAUCCUCGUAGAUAUAAUAGGUACAUACCAAAUUCAUUUUUCAAGCAUUAUUCCGCGAAUUCCUUUGCAACACUAAUUAAUCUUUGUUUUUGUUGUACCCAAGUAAAUACCUAUAUUUAGUGUUCGCUUGACUAAUGUACGAAAAUAUAAAUAUCAUUUAAAUAAAAAAGUAACUAAUGCUAUGUAAAUAAGUUGAAUCCUGUUAACUUUAUUACAUUCUAUUUUACUAUCUUGUAAGUGUUAUAAUAUUGAUACCCUUUUAUUAUGAUAAAAAAAGUUCCUCUAUAGAAGAGAAGAUAUAUAGUGGUUAUGAACUUAUAUUUAGAAAAUUUAAUUAUCUUUACAACAGCAUAUACUAUUUUUACGUGAAAUAUUAAAAAUUCUCUUCUUACGAGGAACAAUAGGCCUAUCGUAUAGGUACCUAAUCUUUAUUAUUUUAAGACAUGACAUUUUUUACGUGUUAAUUAAUUAGUCUCUUCAGUAUCCAUUAGUUACCAGUAACAAAUUAUAUAUCAUUUGUACAAAGCUUAGUUGAUAUACAUAUUUAUGUUUAGGAAAAUUAAGUAAUCGAAUAUCAUUAUGUUUUCAAUCAAACAACGUUCUAAGCGAUGUCACUGAAACUAGUCAAAAGUAUAAAAUAUAAAGUACUAUUAUAAAAAAAUACUUACUACACAUAUUAAUAAAGAUAUUGUUACAUACCUAAUUUUGAAUUCGGUAAUGAAUUUACGACAAUGCUAUAUCAUGUAAACAGUCAUUUAUUUAUGUAUUAAAAAAAUAAUAUACUUAAUUUGUGAAAGUAAUUCAACGCCAAAGCGAUUAGGUACAUAAAAUCCUUCUAAUUUAUAAAUGAAUGAUCUAUUAUACUUACAUACUUAGCUAAAGCUUGACUGUUGUUGAUCUCAAACCUAUGUGUUAUUGUGUAUAUAAUGUAAUCACAUGUUAAAAUUCACGGUCACAUAUAUCUACGUAUAGAAGUAAAGGAGACGGGCUUCAAGUACAUUUAGAAGUGCACCAACACGAAACAAGUAGGGAUAGCCUUGUGGUUCAAGUACUGUAUUUAACAAUAAAUAUAAUUACGGUAAUAUAUAGAUUAAACUAGCUAUUGCAACAGAUUCAUCACCAGUAACGUUUACCAAAACAUUCAUUAAUAUCCCUACUUUCAUUUACCUUCAAAGUCACACAGACGUAAAAUAAGACAUUAACAAAGUAAUAUUACCUAUAUUUAAUUAAUUUUCAUAACCACCGAAAUAGCACACUGCUAUGAAUCUGUUGGAACAUCUCUAAAGUACCUAUUAUAAUAUCUCAGGCCGCCACAAAUGAAGCGGUCGGGCCUCGGUAGAAUUGACAAUAUAGAUAUUCCAAAUGCUAUUUAAUAAUAUUUUGUAUAAUCUUAAGACGAAACGCCACGAAAUAUGUGAAUAAUCGCUAGAAUAUUAAAAAAAAAUCAAACACUCAACAAUUUACGUAAUUCGUUGUAGACGUGGAUACAUUUUUAAGCCAACAGUGUCAGUCACUUGCUAAAAUAUCCACAUCUUUCUAAUACGUGUACUUCAAUAUUCCGAAAUUAUGUAUCGAUUUGAUAUACGAAUGGUGAUACACUUUAGCAUAUGACCAAGUAUGGAAAUUAUCGAAAUCACUAAUAAAUAAUAAUUUAUGUACAAAUCUUCAUUCCCGAAGGGCUAAAUAAACCAUGUCUAAAAUAAGGUAAUAAUAUAACAAUAAUAAUCAAAACCAAUUAACAGUUCUUAAAAUUUCUACUUCUAUCAAGGGAAGUGCUUGGACAUUUGCCCAAAAUAUAAUUUUAAUCGACAAUUCGAUGCAGUUGGUAAAUAUGGUGGUAUAUAAUAUGUAGAUAAUAUCGUCUAGAUAUUAUCCAUAACUAACUCCAUAAUUUGUUCUUUCAAAACUUACGCAAUGUUGUUCAACUAUAGUAGAUAUUUACCUUUGUACAAAAUCAAUAGUUUAUACACUUAUAGUUGAGCAAUUAAUGUAAUUUAGGUAAAAUCAAAUCUAGUUUUACUCUUAAAAUUGUCUAUGUAAAUUUUCACAUUUUCAUUUUAUCCUUCAGUCUUUUUAUUAAAAUUUAGAUAUUGAUUUUAUUAGUGAUUUCUGGUAUAGUGACGAAUCAAGAUAGUCAUACCCAUUUUACUAAACCCUUAAUGACACAAGUUUAAAAUAUAAUUGUAAUGUGUUUUUGACAAAAGAUAAAACCCUAACUUGAGUCACUUUAAGAGAGUUUAUACCACAAGACUAGCAAUAUCUACUGAUAUAUUAGUUGUUAAAAUUAAUGUAAUUUUCAUAUGUUUCAAGUAUAAUUUAAUAAAAAGUGAUGUGUGAAAAAAGAUAUAAAAGUAACAAACUAAAAUAUUAAUCAUACAAUAGGAUUUUUAUUAAACAUUAAAAAUUUAACUGUUACUAUAAUUUUGAAAUUUGAUAAACAAUAACUUAGGACAAUGUGGAACUUGUUUUAUGGCUAAAAUAUUGAAGUAAUAGAAAGCCACUUUUAUAAAUUUUUAAUAUUGUCAAAUAAUGCAGAAACUGCCAGACUUCUGUAUAAAUUUUCUUAAAAAAUUCAAAUACAACUCAAACUUAAAUAUGGAAUACUAGGUGUAGAUGAUAAAAGUAGUAUAUGGGAGUACUAUAUAUUUAAAUGUGUGUUGAUUCCUAAUUCGAGUUUGAGUUGUCUUUGAGUAGUCUAUUGGGUGUGACAUUCUUGGCAGUCUCACAAUGAAUAAAUGUAAAAUGGAUGUUGGUAAUGAUGUGUUGAGCUGUUGUAUUGAUUACUGUUUGUUAUAAACUUAAACGAAAUAAAAUUUUGCUGAAUUUAGAAAAUGUAUAAUGUAAUCAAUACUUUGUUUUAGUGAAGUAUACACUAAAUGAAUGCAGGGUGUAUCUGUAUCUCCAUUACUACUUACUUCUUGCACAUGACUAAAAAGUAUAGCAUAUUUAUUUUUUAUGUUUACAAUGUUGUUAUUGUAGAUUUAAUCAUGUAUAUAUUUCUGAUUGAUAAAGUAAAAUAAUUGUCAUAUCACUUGCCACUUGAAAUAAAAACCAUUAUAUUAUUAAUUUUAUGUUAACAUUUAUUUUAGAUAAUAUAGAUUGUUUUAUUUUCACAUAUAAUUUUUUUCUUAGAUUUUAUUGUAAUGAAUUAUGUAAACUAUGAAGAAUGUCUAUAAUACAUAAUUACAUAGA